GGAAAGGGGGUGGGGCGAACGGCGCUCGGGGCCGACGCUCCCCUCGCCUGUGAUUGGCCAGCACUCGGCCGUUUUCGCGCCAACGCGCUGCAUUGUGGGGACGGCUAGCGGAAGUCCGCCGGUCGUGGGGAAGCUGGUGUUGUUGUUUCGAUGCGGAGACUUGUGGCCGCUGCUGCUGCGUGUCGCGUGUUUUCUGGUGUUUGACGGGUUAUAACUGAUUUUCUCCACUUCGAAACUGUACGUGUAAGUUCGGACGGAUGAGGGGCGAAGAGUCGUCGGAUUCCGAGUCGGGGAGGAUGGAGGAGAGUUCAAUCCGGAGGAGUUUGGAGACGUUGUGUCAGGAGCUGAACAUGGACGAGCACACCGCCACUGAAGCCAUGGACAACUUCUCUGCCAUCUGGAACACGUACACACUGGAGGGAGAUGUGGUCCACUGGCUGGCCUGUUCGCUGUAUGCAGCCUGCAGGAAGGGAUGCACUCCCACAGUGGGCAAAGGGCUGAUGGAAGGAAACUGUGUCUCCCUCACCAGGAUACUUCGCACCUCCAAACUCAGUCUGAUCCAGUUCUUCUCCAAGAUGAGGAAGUGGGCCGACAUGUCGAGCCUCUCGCAGGACUUCAGGCUGCGAAUGGACCGGCUGGAGCGCAACUUCGAGGUUUCCACUGUGAUUUUCCGCAAGUUCGAGCCCAUCUUCAUGGACAUGUUUCAGAACCCGCAGGGAGGGGAACCGCCACGGCAACCACGCAGCAGGAAACACAGGCGUCUGCCCUGUCACAUCAGUGAUGUGUUCAAGUUCUGCUGGACUCUGUUUGUCUACACCAAAGGGAACUUCCGCAUGAUCGGAGACGACCUGGUGAACUCGUACCACCUGCUGCUUUGCUGUCUGGACUUGGUGUUUGGAAACGCCAUGCUCUGCGCCAACAGGAAGGACCUCAUCAACCCGACGUUCAGAGGUCUGCCUGCUCUGUACCGUGUCGACGGCCAUGAUUCACCGGACGAGCGUCCCCCGUGUGUGUUGGAGAGGUUGUGCGAGCUGCACGACGGGCUGGUGGUGGAGGCCAAAGGCAUCAAACAGCACUACUUCAAACCGUACAUCCAGAAACUGUUCCAGAAACAGAUUCUGAAGGGUAACGACGAUCAUUUGACUGAACUGCUGGAUCCACAGAACUUCAUUGAUAACAAUAAAGCCAUAAACAGGGAGUACGAGGAGUACGUGUUGACGGUGGGAGACUUUGACGAGCGAGUGUUUCUGGGAGCCGACGCCGACGAGGAGAUCGGGACCCCGAGGAAAAUCAUUCAGGAGCCGUGUGCCAUCCAGACGGCCGCUCAGAACCAGCUGCACCAACACAUGGAGAAGCCUGGAACUCUCGCUCCCUCGACCCCUCUGACCGGACGAGUCUACCUGAAGGAGAAGGACCUGCUCGUCACGCCCGUCUCCUCGGCGACGCAGAGCGUUAGCCGGCUGCAGAGCAUGGUGGCCGGGUUGAGGACGGCGCCCAGCGACCACCUGCUGCAGAUCUUCAAGACUUGCUCCAGAGAUCCCACAGAGUCCAUACUGGCCAGAGUAAAGACGCUGGGACAAACCUUCAAAGAACAUUACACCAAGGACUCGGAGGACAUGCCCGGCUCUCAUAUAGACUUUGCAGAGAACCGUCUGAAGCUGGCUGAGAUCCUCUACUACAAGAUCCUGGAGAACGUCAUGGCUCAGGAGACCAAACGGCUGCACGGCAAAGACAUGAGUGUGUUACUGGAGCAGGAUAUCUUCCACUGUUCCCUGAUGGCGUGUUGUCUGGAGGUCGUGUUGUUCUCCUACAGCUCCCAGAGAACUUUCCCCUGGAUCAUCAACAUCUUCAAACUCACUCCGUUCUACUUUUUUAAGGUGAUUGAGGUGUUUAUCCGCUCAGAAGAAAGCCUCUCCAGAGACAUGGUGAAACAUCUGAACUUGAUCGAGGAGCAAGUUCUGGAGUACAGAGCGUGGACCGCAGACUCUGCCCUGUGGACCGCUCUGCAGGCCGCUGGGAACAAAGUCCCCACAGUGGAGGAGGUGAAUUUCUCCUCCAGUCUUGACACGGGUUCUGGUUCUGCGUCUGUUUCUGGUUCUACCAGCGGAGCUCAGUCCCACCUGCCUCUGGUCGCCCUCUCCCCCAUCAUCCACCCCCGCAUCAGGGAGUUCAGAUCAGGCCUGGGCAGCGCACGCAAAGAUGUGCCUCCCUCUCCGUUAUCGGUCCAUGACCGGUACAGCUCCCCGGCAGCUGGCAGCGCUAAAAGGCGACUCUUUGGCGACGACCCUCCGACACCAGGAGCGGCCCCCAGCGGGAGCCCGAUGUUGUCGCCUGCCAAAAGGCUGACAUUCGGCUCGAGCAGCACCCUGAGGAUCGGAACUCAGGGCACCCAGACAACUGUCCUGAGUAUCCCACUGCAAGGUAUGAAUAACGACCGCACCAUAACGCUGAUCCCGGUUCAGCCGUGUGACUCCUCCGGUACCAUCACCGCUCAGUUCCUGCUGACCGCCUCGCCGAGCCGCGCCAUCUCCGCACCCGUGACCUCCUCCGACCCGCAGACAGGAAGCGGUCGACCACGACGCACCGGAUCGCUGGCUCUGUUCUUCAGGAAGGUGUAUCACCUGGCCAGCGUUCGUCUGAGGGACCUGUGUGUGAAGCUGGACAUCUCGUCGGAGCUUCGAGGGAAGAUCUGGACGUGUUUUGAACACACUCUGGUCCACUGUACCGAUCUGAUGCGCGGCAGACAUCUGGACCAGAUGCUGCUGUGUAGCGUUUACAUCAUAUCCAAAAUCACCAAAGAGACUCACACCUUCCACGACAUCAUGAAGUGUUACCGCAGCCAACCACAGGCCAGCAGCCAUGUGUACCGCAGCGUCUUACUGCGUCACACUCCCAGAGAGCAGGUGGCUGAUGAGAACAUGGAGGUGGAUCCUGUUUCUGGAGGCGAAUCUGCUGAGAAAACCAAUCACGUCUCAGGAGAAGCAAACUCCAACCAAUCAGAGGAGGAGGAACGUGGUGACCUCAUCCAGUUCUACAACAGCGUCUUCGUCCUGAAGAUUAAAAGCUUCGCGCUGCGAUACGCCACCCACGAUAACCGGGCGGACGCUCCUCCUCUCUCUCCGUUCCCGUCGGUUCGUGCUCAGCCUCUCUCGCCUCGUCGUGUUUCUCAGAGACACUCGCUGUACGUCUCCCCUCACAAGAACUCUGCAGGCUGCCUCACACCGAACUCGUACACCUACAGGAUCAACAGCAGCCCGUCCAAGGAGUUAUCGGACAUCAACCGGAUGAUCCGGCAGGGCUGCGUGAGCAGGAAGAGGGCCUUCACCAUGGAGGGCGACGUGAUGAUGUCGUCGGCGUGCGAUUCCCCCAGCAAGAGGGCGUGCCCGGAGAACGGCAGCAGUCCGGACGUGCUGCUGAAGCGUCUGCAGGACGUCGUGUCGGAGCGGCAGAGUCACUGAUAGACAGAUGUUGAAGUAACGAUUCAGAACUGUUUAAAUUAUGACCCAAGCGUCAUAAAUAAUGUCAUUUUGUAUUGGCCUGUAAGUACCAUCAACCUUUUCGAAGGUUUUCACGAGAUACUUUGAGGCCAACCUCUAAAAGACACUAUAAACAGACUUAAAUUAACGUAUUAGCCGAGCAACAUUGAGGCUAAAAAUGACCCAUGAUUCAUCUCUGCCAGUGGGAGCUGGUGUCACAUGAGCACAUAUAUUCAUCUGCUUGAAUAUAACUGUAUAACUUUUUCAGAAAAAGAUUUUAAAUUUGGGCCAACAAACUUAAAAACUCAAAUAUCAAAUGCAGAUAUUUCACAGCGAUACAGAUGGAAAUACUCACGUUACUUUAAGUCAAUUUAUUCUGAUAAGCUUUAAGUCGGACGACCUUCGUCUCCCCGUGCAUUUUUACUGAAGAGAAAUAUAAAAUUGACAGUAUUAAAGAAAUUUAACGUCCGAACAGAUGUUAAAACAUCAUCGUUGGAGCUUCAUGUCUCGUGUAUAUAGUUUUCUUUCAACCAAUCGAGCUCUAUUGUACAUUCUCGAGUAUUAAUCCUCGAACACAAUCCUUGCAGAGCUCUCUGCUGUUUUAUUGCUAAAGGAAAUUUUUGUUCUUCCUUUGAUCUGUUUCCUUUUUAAUCUUUCUUCUUUUCUGGUUUUGAACCAUUUAAAGUUGUAUAAUGCUGUAAUAAUAAAACGCUUAAUGCUAACAAACAAGAGUGCUCGAUCGGAGCAGCAUUUGUGUACCCGAGUGUGUAGUAUCUACACUUUUUUUUUCUUUUUUUUAUGGAAUUUAACAUUUUUAGAAAACUUUAAAGUUUCUUAUCUGAUGUUUUAUUCUUACCUGGUUUUCUAAAAGCUGUAGCAAAGCGUGAAAAACUAACCACGUUCUAAAAAAACGCAAAUUGAAAGUCGAUUUUUUUUUUUUUUUUUUUAAAUACAUUGUUGGGAAUCUGAUUCAAUCUGGUGUGUUUCUCACUUUGUGCUUUUCUGAACUCUCUUCAGCCUCAAAAGAAGUUUGUAUUUCUACAAACAGUCAAAUGUUUUGUACAAUAAAAUUUUCUCUGAGC